ACUGUGUAUUCAAUGGUAACUGUCAAUCUGUCACUCAGAGAAGCAUUAGAUAGAUGAAUACGGGGUGUUCUGAAAUCGAGUGAACUGGGACUAUCUGUCUGAUACAUAUCAGCUCUUUAAAUUCCGCUUCGUGAGUGGGGACUUCACUGAUGCCACUCUUGUUGCCACGGCAUUGAUGUCCUUCUCUUCAAACUCCGCCAUUAGAAGUUUUUGAGGUUUCAACCAGUGAUUCGGGGCUUUGAAUUCAGAACUCGGAAGAUAUCUGUUUGAUACAUCUCAGGUCUCAGCUGAAAACGGAAGGAUCACUUUUAAAACGCGGCAAGGGCAAGCCAUUGAACAAGAUUCUCUUUAACCAACCAACGGUUUUAUUUCCAACCGGUUUAACCCGGUUUCAGAUCGCUUCUAUUUCUAAUGCUAUAUCUGCAACAUUGACCGCAAUUAAACCGCCUUUUUGGAGCAUUUCCUGUGAUUCCUCCCUCCACAACGAAUUCUGCGGGGCGAGUCGACUCGACUCCCUCUGCUAUUCCUUUGUGGUGAUGGCCUGUGCUACUUGGCUCCAGUCCUCGUCCUUAUCUUAUGCAUUAGCUCCUGUUCUUUGCCGACAUGCGAGGUUGUCUGCUAGUCUGCGCUGCUUUUAUCAUCUUUCUUCCACCGGCCGACUUGGCUACUCCAACGUCCUGCACAGGCCUCCAUUAAUGGAUGUUUCCGUGCAGGCCAGACGAGGCUUUUCAGUUAGAGAGGACGAGGUAGCUUCUCCCGCUGAUCUCUCAUUCGAGCCACCUCUUAAAAUAGUGGAGUAUCCUGAUCCGAUACUGCGAGCGAGAAACAAGCGUAUCAAUACAUUUGAUGAGAAUUUGAAGAAGCUAGUUGAUGAGAUGUUUGAUGUAAUGUACAAAACUGAUGGCAUUGGGCUCUCAGCACCACAAGUAGGACUCAAUAUUCGACUCAUGGUUUUUAAUCCUGUUGGUGAACGUGGUGAAGGGGAGGAAAUUGUUCUUAUAAACCCAAGAGUUUACAAAUAUUCCAAAAAAACAGUGCUUUUCAAUGAAGGUUGCUUAUCCUUUCCAGGCAUUUAUGCAGACGUAGAGAGACCAGAAUCCGUGAAGGUUGAUGCUCAGGAUAUUACUGGUGCAAGGUUUACAGUUAACUUAUCAGGCCUUCCUUCACGGGUUUUCCAACAUGAAUUUGAUCAUUUGCAGGCACUAGAAAAGAAGUAUGAAAGCAAGACUGGAUUACCAAGUCCUGAGAAGAUAGAUAUGCGGAAAAGAAGGCAGGCAGUGGCCGGUUUUGGAAGAUCAUAAAUCUUGCUCCAUGCUUGCACAGCUAUCAGGUCUUAUAAAGAAAAAACUCRUGUACUUGUUGCUUAUUUGGUUAUGUAAACUUUGGUUAAUUAUUCAUGUUAUUUUUUCUCUCAUUGUGAAGUUAAUUUUUAUGGUAUAUAUGAAUGGAAAGCCUAAUGCACAUGGAAUCACAUUAAAGAACUAGAUAAACAGGGGAAGCACAGAUUGGUUUACAGGCCAAUGGAAUAUUUGGACCAUUAGGAUGCACGAUAUACAUGGUAUCCUCUUGUAAAAUUAGAAAUACACUCAAUUUCAUGCUA